AUGUCCACCACGCUUCGCCGAGUGUUUGUUUACGGGACGCUGAAGAGGGGCGAACCGAACCACCACUGGCUGACGGAUGCGGCCAACGGGCAGGCCCGCUUCAUCGCCAAAGGACGUACGGUUGGGCGCUAUCCGCUCGUCGUUGCCACCCGGCACAACGUGCCCUUUCUGCUGGACGUUCGCGGCACCGGGCACUCGGUCGUGGGCGAAAUUUACGAAAUCGACGAUCGCAUGCUGGGCCGGCUCGACGUGCUGGAGGACUAUCCGCAGCUGUACGAUCGCCGGCCAGAAGAGAUACGGAACGAGACGAGCAGUGCGGUGGAGUGCUGCUGGGUCUAUCUGAUACGAAGCUUUCCGAAGCGUUUGCUGGAGCUGCCCCUGCUGGAGGAGUACCGGGACACGCCCGAAAAGCCGUACGCGGAAUCGGAUGAUAUCGUGUUUGAUGAGUGAUCUGUAUUGGAUGGGGUGGUACGGUUGGUACGAUGCCGCCAAUAAUAGCAGGCGCUGGUACUAAUUAGACAUUCAGGGCGCGUGCACAACAAAAAUAAAGAUAAGCUGCAGCGGCAAAGAAGAGCCAACAGAUUCGCAA